AUGGCCAAAAAAACCGACGUACGAGAGGAUGCGCGGCUGCGCAUCGCCAUCGUAAACUCUGACCGCUGUAAGCCGAAAAAGUGCAGUCAGGAAUGCCGACGGUACUGCCCGGUCGUGCGAACUGGGAAGCAGUGCAUCAUCGUGACGCCUGCUUCGAAGCAGGCGGCGAUUAGCGAGAUUCUUUGUAUUGGCUGCGGCAUUUGCGUGAAGAAAUGCCCGUUCGACGCGAUCCAGAUCAUCAAUUUACCAAAGGACUUGAGCAAGGAGACUUCGCAUCGUUUUGGGCAGAACAGCUUUAAGUUGCACCGCUUGCCGAUGCCGCGUCCGGGCAUAGUGCUAGGAUUGCUGGGGCGUAACGGUAUGGGAAAGACGACUGCGCUCGCGAUCUUGAGCGGGCGGCUGAAGCCGAAUCUUGGAAACUUCGAGAAGCCGCCCAGCUGGAACGAAAUUGUGGCGCACUAUCGCGGCAGCGAGUUGCAAAACUAUUUGCGGCGGCUGCAGAACGGCGACCUGAGUACCACGGUAAAGCCGCAGUAUGUGGACGACUUGGCGCGCCGUGUGAAAAAGUCCGUGUCGGACGUAAUUUUGAACGGUGCCUCGACGUUCACGGAGCGCAUGACCGAGCUGAUCGAUGCGAUGGCUAUGCAGGCGCUGCUGGAGCGCAAGGUGUUCGAACUGUCGGGCGGUGAGUUGCAGCGCUUUGCGAUUCUGGUAGCGAUUUUGCGGAACACUGACGUGCUGAUGUUCGACGAACCGUCUUCUUACUUGGACAUCAAGCAGCGCAUGAUGGUCGCGCGGCUCAUCCGCGCGCAGUGCUCCGACAAAAACUUCAUCAUCUGCGUCGAGCACGACCUCGCGAUCUGCGACUACUUGAGCGACGUGAUUUGCUGUCUGUGGGGGCACGCGAGCGCGUACGGCGUGAUUUCGACGCCGUACGGCGUAAAGGAAGGCAUCAACGUGUACUUAGAGGGAUUCCUGCCCUCGGAGAACUUACGUUUCCGCGAAGAAAGUUUGCAGUUUAAGAUUCGCGACGAAAUCGAGAACGAAAUUCACGACGAAAAAACGUACAAGUACCCGGCGAUGCGAAAGACGCUCGGCGACUUCGUGCUGCACGUUGAAGCAGGGCACUUUUCGAACUCGCAGAUCACUGUGCUCGUCGGCGAGAAUGGCACGGGCAAGAGCACGUUCAUCCGGCUGCUCGCGGGGUUGCUGAGCCCUGACGAGGCAGAGCACGCGUUGCCGAACUUGGUGGUCUCCACGAAACCGCAAAUGGUUACUCCGAAGUUCGAGGGCACCGUGAACGACUUGUUGCUCACGAAAAUCCGCGAGUCGUACACGCACCCACAGUUCAUCACCGACUGUGUCAAACCGCUGGGCGUCGACAAGAUCAAAGAUCUGCAGGUGCAGACGCUGUCGGGCGGCGAGUUGCAGCGCGUGGCGCUGAUCUUAGCGCUGGGCAAGUCGGCAGACAUUUAUCUGCUCGACGAGCCGAGUGCGUACUUGGACUGCGAGACGCGCAUUGAGGCCGCGAAAGUUAUCAAGCGCUUCAUCUUUCACGCGAAGAAGACGGCGUUCGUGGUCGAACACGACUUCAUCAUGGCGACCUAUUUGGCGGACCGCGUACUUGUGUACGAGGGCCGGCCGGGCGUGGAGUGUCACGCGCGCUCGCCACAGUCACUGGUUAGCGGAAUGAAUCGCUUCUUGAAGAUGCUCGACACAACGUUUCGGCGCGACAUGCUGAACUUCCGUCCGCGCAUCAACAAAGCCGACUCGGUCAAGGAUCGCGAACAGAAGGCUGCGGGAAACUUCUUCGUGGUGGACAACGACUAG